GGAUGAGGAGUAAUAGCACCAGACUGUCAGGAUAAAUUAAUCUUUAACCAUAUUUAAAGAAACAUCUGCCUUAAGCAAGCCUUAUUUGUUAAAGAUACAACGUUUUUACCGCUCGGGGAUUCAGCUAUUGCUUGAAUGGGAAUGUCGUCCUGAUGAUUUCUCACUCAUUAGCGGCUUUCACAGUAUAACCAGAUAGCCUGUAGAUACUAUUUUUUUCCAAACGGUUUUUUUUUUUUUUUUUUGGCUGCUUGGUUUUUGUUGCUGAGUGUAUUUUACACUCAACACGCAUGGUGCUGUGAUAUAUCCUGUGUGACUAACACUGCAGGGCUGGUGGACAGACGACCUCUCCGGGCAGCAACCUGUUCAUCUCCGGAGGAUUAACGUGAUGGAUAAUGCUCAUACUAAGACGGUGGAGGAGGUUCUGGGCUUCUUCAGUGUGAAUGAGUCUACAGGUCUGAGCUGUGAGCAGCUGAAGAAGACCAGGGAGAGAUGGGGACCCAACGAAUUGCCAGCUGAAGAAGGGAAGUCACUUUGGGAGUUGGUCAUGGAGCAGUUUGAGGAUCUGUUGGUUCGAAUCUUGCUGCUGGCUGCGUGCAUCUCCUUCACGCUGGCUUGGUUCGAAGAAGGGGAGGGGACGAUUACAGCCUUUGUCGAACCCUUCGUCAUCCUCCUCAUCCUCAUCGCCAAUGCUAUUGUAGGAGUAUGGCAGGAGCGUAAUGCAGAGAAUGCCAUCGAGGCUCUGAAGGAGUACGAGCCAGAGAUGGGCAAGGUCUACCGACAGGACAAGAAGAGCGUCCAGAGAGUCAGAGCCAGAGACAUCGUUCCUGGAGACAUUGUGGAAGUGGCAGUUGGCGAUAAGGUUCCAGCUGACAUCAGACUGACUUCCAUCUGUUCCACCACUCUGAGAGUUGACCAGUCCAUUCUGACGGGGGAGUCCGUCUCUGUGCUCAAACACACGGACCCUGUACCAGAUCCCCGAGCCGUCAACCAGGACAAGAAGAACAUGCUCUUCUCUGGUACCAACAUUGCUGCGGGGAGAGCCAUCGGGGUCGUCGUGGCGACAGGGGUGCAGACGGAGAUUGGAAAGAUCCGAGAUGAGAUGGCCUCUACUGACCCUGAACGGACCCCUCUACAACAGAAACUAGACCAGUUUGGAGAGCAGCUGUCUAAGGUGAUCAGUGUGAUCUGCGUGGCGGUGUGGGCUAUCAAUGUGGGCCAUUUUAAUGACCCUGUGCAUGGAGGCAGCUGGCUGAGAGGAGCUGUUUACUAUUUCAAGAUCGCCGUGGCACUGGCUGUAGCUGCCAUACCAGAAGGCCUCCCAGCAGUCAUCACUACCUGCCUGGCACUUGGUACCAGGAGGAUGGCCAGGAAGAACGCCAUCGUCCGCAGCCUGCCGUCAGUGGAGACGCUUGGCUGCACCUCUGUCAUCUGCUCAGACAAGACGGGGACACUGACCACCAACCAGAUGUCAGUUUGCAGGCUGUUUGUUGUAGACAGUGUGUCAGGGGAGCGUUGCAACCUGAGCGAGUUCACAGUGACUGGAUCUACUUACGCCCCUGAAGGGGAAGUCUACAAGGACGGCUCAGUGGUGCAGAGCAGUCAGUAUGAAGGCUUGGUGGAGAUGGCCUCCAUCUGUGCACUGUGCAAUGACUCAUCACUGGACUUCAACGAGGCAAAGGGUGUAUUUGAGAAGGUCGGGGAAGCAACAGAGACUGCCCUCUGCUGUCUGGUGGAGAAAAUGAACGUAUUUGAUACUGACCUGAGAGGACUCUGCCCAUCUGAGAGAGCUACAGCAUGCUGCUCUGUCAUUAAGCAGUUGAUGAGGAAGGAGCUGACGCUGGAGUUCUCCAGAGACAGGAAGUCCAUGUCUGUCUUCUGUUCAUCCAAUAAACUCACCAGAUCUACAUCUGGAGCCAAGAUGUUUGUCAAGGGAGCUCCAGAGAGCGUGCUGGAGCGCUGUAAUUACAUCCGGGUCAGCGGUUCUGCCCGUGUGCCUUUGAGCUCGGCGGCUAGAGAGCAGCUCCUGUCCACGGUGCGGGAGUGGGGCUCGGGCCGAGACACGCUGCGGUGCCUCGCCAUGGCGACCAGGGACACACCACCUGACAUCCACUCUCUCAACCUGGAGAACUCAGCUGGGUUCGCUGAUUAUGAGUCCGAUCUGACCUUUGUGGGCUGUGUGGGCAUGUUGGACCCCCCCAGGAAAGAGGUGCUCAGUGCGGUCCGAAUGUGUCGGCAGGCUGGAAUACGAGUCAUCAUGAUCACAGGUGAUAACAAGGGUACAGCUCUGUCCAUCUGCCGGCGAGUGGGUAUCAUCACAGAGCAGGAAGAGGAGCAGGAGGGUUCAGGGGUAAACGGGGGCCUGACGGGGCGGGAGUUUGACGAGUUGCCCCCUCACCUGCAACGCCAGGCCUGCCGGACGGUGCGCUGCUUCGCCCGAGUAGAACCGGCACAUAAGAGCCGCAUAGUGGAGUACCUGCAGAGCCUGAGUGACAUCACAGCCAUGACAGGUGACGGGGUGAAUGACGCUCCGGCAUUGAAAAAAGCAGAGAUCGGUAUCGCUAUGGGCAGCGGCACGGCGGUCGCCAAGUCAGCCUCUGAGAUGAUCCUCGCUGAUGACAACUUCUCCACCAUUGUGGCCGCUGUGGAGGAGGGCAGAGCCAUUUACAACAACAUGAAACAGUUCAUCAGAUACCUGAUAUCAUCCAACAUAGGAGAGGUGGUCUGUAUUUUUAUGACAGCUGCACUGGGAAUGCCAGAAGCGCUGAUCCCAGUUCAGCUGCUUUGGGUCAACCUGGUCACUGAUGGUUUCCCAGCAACUGCUCUGGGCUUCAACCCUCCUGACCUGGACAUCAUGUCCCGCCCUCCCCGCUCCGCAAAAGAGCCUCUGAUCUCCAGCUGGUUGUUCUGUCGCUACCUCAUCGUCGGAUGUUAUGUGGGAGCAGCCACUGUUGGAGCGGCUGCCUGGUGGUUCAUGGCAGCUCACGACGGACCAAAACUCUCCUUCUAUCAACUGUCCCACUACCUGCAGUGCAGUGAAGGCCACGUGGAGUUUGCUGGUGUGCAGUGUUCAGUCUUUGAGUCUCCUUAUCCCAUGACCAUGGCCCUGUCUGUCCUGGUUACCAUAGAGAUGUGCAACGCCUUGAACAGUCUGUCAGAGAACCAGUCCCUGGCAAAGAUGCCUCCCUGGUCCAACCCCUGGCUGGUGGGAGCCAUCUGUCUGUCCAUGGCUCUACACUUCCUCAUUCUAUAUGUAGACCCUCUGCCAAUGAUAUUCCAGAUACGCCCUCUGUCGUGGCCUCAGUGGGUGGUGGUGUUAAAGAUGUCACUUCCUGUCAUACUGAUGGACGAGGCCCUCAAGUUCCUGGCACGAAACUACAUUGAGCCAGGAAGCCAAAUGCAGACAUUGGAAGAGGAAGAGGAGCUGCAGAGGACGAACGGCGCCAUGACGACAAGGCUCCGUCAGUCAAUGAGGGGCGUGUCCUGGUCGUUUGUUCUGAUCUCUACACCGCUAGUGAUCUGGAUCUUCAGCCUGGACUCUGACAUCACCAACAUCUUCUGGUAGUGACGGGAGGAAGAGAGGACGGGUGGACUGUGGGGGAGACAGCGAAAGACGGGAGACUGAAAGAAGGAAGUCGGAGAGAAAGGAUGAGUAGUGGGAAGAAAAAUACAAAGGAGCAGGGGAUGGAAUGUGUUAGGGUGAGCGGAGGUAGAGAAACAAAAGCAAAGUGAGGAAAGCAAAACUUUGCUGAGAUAUGAAAAUGUAAAAGAUAAAAAGAGGAAAAUAUUUAGCCUAUAGACAAUCAGAGAAAUAAGAAACAAAGUGAAAAGCAGUUUAAGACCAUCGCUUCCUCAAUACUAAAAGGUGCUCUGUGUAGCUGAUUGUCUCUUUACAUUUAACAUUAAUAUACUUAAACUGUACUUGUACCUGUUUCUAGAGCUGCUGUUCUGUUUGUCAGUCCAGCACUUUGACCAGAGUAAAUUAUGUAUAUUACUGACAAAAUACUAAAAAAAAUGAAUGACCAUAGCAUGCUAACCUGCUAAAUUUUGCAUUCUAAAAUACUAAAGGCUAGCUGAUCAACAUUAGCAGGUGAGCAUGCUAAUAUUAACACGUGUAUGCUUUUUGAACACGAUAAGCAGAAUAAAAGCCAGUUAAAGUUCGUAUUGUUACUGAAAUAAAAUGAAAUGAAGUUCAACAAUUAGUCUUCUCUCCAAAUGUGACCCAGUGACACACGAUGUAAAGUACAGUGUAGAUACGGUAAGGAGAUUUAUGGUUUAUCACAGGUUGCAUUUAUGUUAGACUAUCUUUUUAGUGACCAGGAGUGUGUUGCAUCAGCUGUUCAUAAAUCCUUCACCAAGUUUGUAUCUACAGUCCUUCCUAAGUACUUAAGUAACUACUAAAACCAGUUGCUUACUAUCUAAGUCUAAGUAACUACUAAAUCCAGUUGCACUAUUAAAAGCUAAGAAAUAUCUGGUCAAGACUCUCAGAUAAAAUGCUAUCAACAAAAAGUAAUAGUCACGAGUUUUUUUAAAUGUGUUUUGCAAAAUUGAAUCUAGUCAUAAUUGCAUUUUUUGUUAGCUGUGUUCCAUAUUACCUCCUUUACCCUUCACUCUAAACUUGUAAUGUAUUAGCAAGCUACGUUAGCUUGGUCAGAUAGCUACUUUGUUUAUCUAAGCAACAGUUGCACCUGUGAGUUAGUGGAUGUAUUUAUUGAGUAAGAACUCAUCUCUACAUAAGAUGGUGCAAUCUGUUUUAACGUAGUUGUGUUUAAAUCUCUUUGCGAGAACUUGCGUUAUAACGUGGCUAAGUUUCAACGUACGAAGAGCUGGUGCAACUGAUUCCUGACAAGGCAAAACGUAACCAGUACUUCAAAGUGAGGGCAAAAGUAAUCCCCAAGUUAGGAAUCAUUGGUGUAGAUGUUUGGUGUUGCAUGGUGAUGAUUUAUUGAUGGUGAAAAUGCUACACAUAGCACCUUUUUGAUGAGAAUUUCUGGUUGUGGUGAAUUAGUCGAUUAAAUAGAAGAAAGAGAAACAUUCCGAGUGGCCCGGAAACACACACACGCAUACACACACCAGCUUUACAUCCACACUGUAACUUACCAGUAAUAAUAUGUGGUCAGAAAUAGUUGAGGAGGCCAGACAACUAGAUGUACUAUAAAAUCCUCCAACUGGCCGUUCUGACAGUCUUUAUGCUGCAAUGCAAAAACAUACAGUCAUAUAAUGUUAGAACUUCUUUGUAGAUACUGUACAUGAGACAAAAACAAGCAACCUGUGAAGGAAGACUGUUAGCAGAGUAUUACAGAACGCAUGUCAAUACACCUCACGCAUUUCUAACAAGGGCCAGAGUGGAAGUCCAGGUCCAGGUCUUUACUGACAAUAUUUCAUUCUACUGAGACUCCCAACAUUUCCUGCAGAGUUAGAUGAAGUUGGUUCUGUGUACAGCUGGGUCUCUACAGGCUCACUUCCAACACUGUAAAGCUCAUGAGUACAGUUCAACAUAGCAUUUCUAAUCUUAAAGGCCAUUCACUUCAACCUUUGUUCUGAUAGAUCUACAGUUCAGUAUAUUUCAUUUUCUUUUCUGUUGAUUGUUACUGACACAUGAAAAGGUCUUAAAAGUGACUUGACCAGACUUCAGCUGGUUCUUUAGACAUCCCGAAACUUCGUAGAAUGACUGAAGCUGGAUUUAAGCCUUCACACCGGGAUGAAUGAGUCAAGUGUGUUUCAUUAGUUAAGAAAUGUAAUUUAUAUUAACGAUAGAGAUGUUAUUGCAUCUAAACGAUGUGGUUGACUGCGACAUGUAUGUAAGCUAAAUGGGUUAAUAUGUUUUAUUUCUUUCAUGUUAAGGCUUUAAAUAUAUAAGAGAUGUUAUUAUUUCUCUCAUUCCCCAAGUUCUGCUCAGUACAAUGCAACACUGCUUUUAGUUGUUCUUUUGUUACUUUUGUUCUGUCUUUCUUUUUUUAAAAACGUUUUUUCUCCCAUGCCUGUUUACCACAGAAACUGCCUCUGUGUUACUUUACUGAAAGUUAAUUCAGAUGCAGGAUUUCAAUUUGAACACUAAUGCUUUUAGCAGGAGUUGUAAUCCCUACUACUAUCUUACCACAAGUCAUACAGUAGGCCUGACAGAAAGCAGUGGUUCAUUUAAAUGUUUUUGUAAUGAUUUUGUUUGUGAAUAUCAGUGACCUGUCUGCCAUUUUCUUCAGUGAUGUCCCACUAUUUGCCAUUGGGAUUGUUUAUAUGUGAAAAAAAGCAUUAGUCGUUUUUUGUAGUAUGUCAUACGUGGUCCUGUUCAUGGAGUAUUACAACCACUGUUAAGGAAAAAACAUCAUUUUGAGAAUAAAGUCGAAAAAGUCAUAAUAUUACAAUAUAAAGUUGUGAUUUUAUAUUGAUAACGUUAUUGAUAAAGUUCUAUGAUAAUAUGGUUUUUGGUGAAAUCUGUUGCAGGUCAUUGUUUAUUAUGUAACAGUGAAUGAAAGGUUUGGCUAAUAUUAUGACUUUUAUUCUUUCUCAAAAUGACACAAAACAACUUUCUUGUAAAAUUGUGACUUUAUUCUUCAUAUAUUACACCUUUUUUCAAAAUAACAAUUUUACUCAUAAUAUUAGGACCUUUUACUUUUUGCAAAAUUGUGACUUUUUCUUCCAAUGUAGAGUUCAUUGUCACGACAGUACAACUUUUUCUCCAAAUAUUUCAACUUUAUUCUCACAUUUCUUUCUCGAACAGUCUGUCCCAGGCCUUUUAUGAUGCGGUUCUAUUAAAAAAAAAAGGUAAAGCUGUUGCAUUAGAAAAGAAAAGCAUUACAUUUUCUGAUGUCAAAAUUUCUCAUGGAGGUGCCCGACCAACUCACCUCUUGAAAAGUCAAGACUUUUUUUGUGUGGAAACAAGUUAGAGCUUUACGUUUUGUUUGUUUGUUUUUUAAUUUGAAGCUUUGUUUUAGUCAUUAUUUUUCUUAUUGUUAUUUAUCCCAAACCGUAAAGAAUCCUCUGCUUCUGUGCUGCCCACAGAUCUGCCUAAUUUUUCAGUUAUGUUGCAAUAAGAUAUUUUCUUUUUGAUACCACUAAGGCAGGAAAAACACAUGUAGAUGCACUUAUGAGUGAGAUACUAUUUAUUUUUCAUUUUUAUUAUUAAUAUAUUUUUUGUUGGCCCUGCUCCAACAAAUCCCCAGUGUAGCUUUGUUUACGCAGUUGUUUUCUUGAUCAUUGUUACAUUCUUCUUGUUAUUAGCUCACACCCACACACUACUUUAGGAGUAGAAUGAUUGGAAGGAGGGUUUCUACAGAGCAGCAUGUGGUUCCUAAACAACUUGAUAACUAAGGAGAAUCUUGUCAAAUAUGUAUCUCUUUAUGUUUCCCUCUCUUCCUCUCUGUUCGCUCAUCAACAGCUACGCAACAUCUCCAUUAGAGCCAAACAAGGGAACACUGUUUUUGUAGUUUUCAUUUCUAACUUUUUUUUCUUGUUCAUUCUACUCUUGGAGAGUUUGUUGUCAUGGGAAAUGAUGUUACAGGAUGAAAACAAUAACAAUAAAUUACAAAAUGGU